AGCGCGGCUCUCGCGAGAGGCGGCGGCGGGCGGGGCCCGGCCGCGCCAAUGGGGCUCGCGCGGGCGGCGGUUUGAAGCUGGCCCGGCCCGGGUUCGCUGAGGGCUGAUCCCGAUCCCGAUCCCGCUCCGCUUCCCCCGCUCGGAGCCAUGGACGCGACCGGGGUCUUCUUCGGCAAGCUGCGGGAGCUGGCUCUCACGGUGGAGAAGGAGGUGAAGCAGCUGGAGCGGGCCAUGCGCCGGGAGGACGAGGACUAUGAAGAUGAAUCUCCACUCACAGCCUUGCAUGACCUCCAUGGCGAAAUCAAGACUCAGAAGGAAGAUGUUAGUGCCAGUCUUGGUAAGAUUUGCUCUGAAAAAAAAGCAGUUCAAGGGUUUAUGAAAGCAAGUGAAAUCUUGAUGCAAAGAAAUGCAGCAGAUCUUGGAAAAAUAAAAGAGCUGUUCCAGAAAUAUGGCUACAAACCAAAUGUCAAAGACUCUGCAGAAGAGGAGGAUAAAGCAAACAGUGAAUCAGCAAUGUCUCUUCAGGAUAAAUCUGAUGAAGAAAAGGCAAACAAUGUACCUCAGCUCUCUGCUUCUGCAGAGAAGCCGCCGUUGCCCGCAGACCCUCUGCGGAACCCGCAGCUGUCCGAUUUCGGGCUCUCGCAGUACGCCUUCGCCAGGCCCUGCAGCGCGCUCAGGGCGCAGCACGCGCCCGCUGCCAGCCAGCUGAGGGCCAAGAGCAACACUCCGCUAGGACUGCGAACGCCGCGGGCGCUGCCCAAAACGCCCAAGUGUAAGCUGAGGAUGGAUGACUACGAGUGUGUAACACCAAAACUUGAACACUUCGGCAUUAGUGAGCAUACCAUGUGUAUGAACGAAGAUUAUACGAUGUCACUCAUCCAUAAAACUUCUCAGACAAUCAAAAAGUUGGUUAAAAGAGGAGAUAAUAAUGGAGGGAAUUUGCCAGAAAUGACAGUCAAGGAAAUCAUGGUUACUCCUGCAUCAAAAUCAAGUAAGAGAGCUAGGAAUGCAGCAGCUGACUGGAUGGCUUCUCCUAUGGUAUUUGUGCUCUGUACUCCUGAUGUGAAGGACUCUUCCAAAACAAAUAAUACAGUAUUACCAAGGUCACCAGAGACAAAGGAACUGCCUCUGCCCAGUCAUGCAGCAACGCCACAGUGUCCAGAUUUUCAAACAAGAUGGCUAAAAGCAGAAGCUAAGCAGCAGGUAACACCAGGGGCGAAGCUUGAGUCAGUGACAAAAAAUGAUGCAAAAGAGGUGCCACACAAAGAAGAAAGAGUUCCUUUUGCUGCAAGCUCUGAUGAGUAUCUUAAACAUACUGGGGACCCUUCCCCUCCCAAACUGGAACACUAUGACCAUUUACUCAAUACUCCUCCACCUCCAGAAAUAACAAGGAUACCAGAUAAUGUUCUAAAGAUGCUUUCCCAAUAUAAUCAUAAGUUAGACUCUUCUAAAGCCAAGGAAAUGGAGACCAAGGCAGGAAAUACUACAAGAUAUGAAAGUGGUUCCACUGAUUACAGCAAUAAAGAGAACAGGUAUGAUUAUACUUUACAAAUUUGGUUAAGUAAUUAAAUUUGUGGGAGGUACAAAGAGGCUUUAAUGCACUUAGAAAUUCAUAUAGUUGCUUGCUAUUCAACUAUCAGAGCAACUUUUUUUUCUGUGACUAAAUAACUGGGGGUUUGGCAUGGUAUAUAAUUGUCUGUUUGUAAAGAACAAAUAUUACAGUUGAUAAUGUGUUUGGAUUAAAAAAAAAAAAAGAAAGGCAGAUUUUACUGUAGGUUUAUCUGUAGGUAUACUUUGCUUUGUGGCAAUGAAAACACCAGUGAAUGCUUUUUGGGUAAAUUUAGGCAAUGCAAUAAAAGAAUUUGGUUAAACGUAUCUAAGUGAGAAUUGAUUUCACACUUGUUUUGGUAAAGACAAAAUACUUUAAAUGAAAAGCUACAAUAAGUAUGAGUAAUCUUAAAACAAUUGAAUUAUAGUUUUAUACAGAACACCAUCAGUUUGAAUAUUAAGAAGAUUUUAUGACAACUUUAUCAAAGCAUACAUAUUCCUGAUUCAGUGUAAUAUAUAGUAUGCUUGUUGAUUACCUGUUAAACUUAAGAGUCUGUAAAGAUUAUUUAAAUAGGAGAUGCAAGGAACAUGCAAGGAACAACUCAGAGUGACACUGAUAAAAGUUGGUAUCUUACUAUACUUGGAAGUUGGAGUCCAUUUGAGUAAUCUCACUUUAGCUGAGAAAGCUUCAUUUUUUUGUUGUCAAGACAAAAAAAAGACAAAUUUUCAAUAUUUCUGUCUUCUGCUAAUUCAAAAUAUGAUUUAAAUAAGCUCAUGAACACAUCUGGGUAUAUUUUCAGAGGAUAUCAUGGAGUUUUCAAGACAAACAUCUGAAAUGAAACUGAAGACCAUGCUGAAAUUUUCACAUUCAUGGAUCUUAUCACCAAAUCAUAACAAGUUCAAAAAGCAAAAGGAAAUACUGAUGGGAAGAAAGAGCCAUACUGAGAAAAGGCUUUUUUAAAUGGAGAAGAAUUCUUUAUCCAUGAUGUGGAUAAACUUGCUUUAAUUUAAGCUUAAUUUUCUGUUGCAUUAAUUGGCAAAAAUGUAUUGAGGGGUUUUAAAUAUAUUGCACUUCAAAGAGGAAUGGAGAUCCAUGUACAAGGUGGUACUUCAAUUUUGUUGUGUAGGAUUGCAUUUGCAGUAGGCUGUAGAGAGUGCAAUUAAGAUUGUAAUAAAAGGAAAGUCCAGUAUAUUGCUUUCAAAAGUGGAUAUCUCUGGCUGUUCUGGUGGCUGUACAUCCUUUCAGGGAUGGGGCUGGAGUCUGGUACUUCAACAGUAUUUGGUAUCUUCAACAGGAACAAGUAAAUUUCUUUAUAUUGGAAGAGUAACUCCUGCUUUACUGUUUAAAGCAGUUCGGUGCUUUUAGUCCUUUCUGCAGUGCUAAGAUGUAUCUUACACAUUCCUGCACCUCUCUGCCAGACAGGCAUUUCACCUGCAGCUUCUUUCUUUAUAUAUGAACAUAGUAUCUCUCAGGUGCUAUGCAUCUGGUUUCUUUGUAGCCCUGCAAGGUGACUCUGGCUCUACUGGGAAUCAGUUGAAAAUGUGCAAUUGUUACUGGUUAUGUGUAUCUUCAGCUGCUUGGGAGAGUUUGCUGGCAGGCCUGUAGGUGGUUGCUUCCUCUCCUGCUGCUGCCAUGUGUAUUCUCUUCAGUGCUGGUGUCAUUUAUAAAUGUGCACAUCUAACCCUACAGUAGGUGACCAAGCUGAAGUUCCCAG